AGCAGUCUUGCUUCUGCCUAUAAUGUAACAACGUCGCAGAGCUUACUUCUUCGAUUAUGGCGAAUUCUUUGAAUCGUGGAAAUGAUUCCAUUUGUCUCAGCUAUCAGUUUUCGACCAAACCAAUGUUUACCAGCCGUUAUGACCUUGCCCAGGUUCUACAGCAGAUCAACUCAGGAGCCAAUGCUGACGAUACAGACCGCUAUCAUUCAAAUUGUUGUUUGACGCAACCUGGCGGUUAUGAAAACACGAAGAAAUUACGAAUCAGCUUAGCUAUUCCACUACCACUCGAGAGAAUGUCUCCAAGCCGGUCUUUCAUUGUCAUUCUUUGUAUUUUGACUACAGGCACCAUAGCAUCAAGGCUAUGUGGUGUAACGCUCGUGCAUAAAUUAGGAAAAAUGUGCAAAAUUACAACAGAAGAAUCGUGUUCAGAUCUGGACUACAAAGACGUGAACAUUCCCAUUAUGGAUGUGGCUGAACGUUGCUGUUCGCAACAGUGUUCGCUGAGGUUCCUACAAUCCGUUUGCUGUGCGCUGAACUUCGGCUCGUCACACCAUCAUCGAAAAGUCGCAUUCUCAACGAAAGAUCUCUACGAGACUCUUCAAUGAGUCAGCCCUCCGAUCAACCAAUAACCAGUCUCACUUCAGUUACGGUCUCUCGCACCCGCACACCGUAUGCACUGUCACACUGACUCUCAUGAUCUUUUCUAUUUCUUUUCUGUCUCAUCGCCAGAGCAAGAAAUAUCAGGAGCUUUACACACAGUUUUCCACCGAGUUCUCCUUUCACAUUUGCUUUCCUCUCAUCUCCCUGUCCUAUGCCAAUUCUCGAUGUGUAUACGGUGU